AUUAAGCACUGAAGACCAUGGAGAACUCAUCUGAGGUCACCUUCUUCGUUUUGGCAGCCUAUGGGGAUCUUGGAAAAAUGAAAUAUUUUUAUUUCAGCUUUGUGCUUCUUCUGAAUCUCACAAUUAUUUUUGCAAACGUUACUCUUAUUUCCUUGAUAUUUGUGGAUAGGAGCCUACAUGAACCCAUGUAUGUGAUUAUAGGCAAUUUAUUUAUCAAUGAAUUGUAUGGAAGCACUGCCUUGUUUCCUAUGCUAUUAUUACAUAUUUUAUCAGACAGUCAUGAAAUUUCCAGAGCUUUUUGUGUUUUGCAGGUGUUUUGCUUGCACACAUAUGGAUCUAUAGAAUUGUGUAAUUUUGCUGUUAUGGCUUAUGACAGGUAUUUGUCCAUCUGUCAUCCACUACAUUACAGCAGCAGGAUGAGUUCUUGCAAAGUAUCCUCAUUAGUUGUGUUCAUUUGGGUCUUUUCAUUUUUCAAAUUUACAAUUACUCUGUCCAUUCAAUUAAGGUUACCGUUGUGUGGGAAUUUCAUAGACAAAUUGUGUUGUGGCAACUAUUCUUUGGUCAAACUUUCUUGCAUAGACACAAUUGUAAACAACAUUUAUGGUCUUUUCACCACAUUCCUGAGUAUAGCUCUCCCUUUGAUCCUCAUUUUAUAUUCCUAUGCAAAAAUUCUAAGAAUCUGUUAUAAAUCACCCAAGGAAGCUCGGACCAAAGCUUUAAACACAUGCGUUCCCCAAGUAAUAUCACUCCUGAACUUUGCAGUUUCCUGCUUUUAUGAAAUUGUCCAAAAUCGAUUUGACAUGAAAUAUAUUCCCCAAGACGUUCGUAAUGGUUUUACGGUGUACUUUUUGACAUGUCCUCAACUUCUCAACCCAAUCAUGUAUGGACUCAGGAUGACAAAAAUAAGAAAAGCUUUAAAAAGCAGGAUCUUUCCUAACAGCGUUGCGUAACAGACACUGAAUAAAGGUUUAUAAACAUUG